AUGAGGCUGUUUCUGAUCCGCCAUGGGGAAACAGUCGACAAUGUCGCGCAACUCUAUGCCGGUAGUAGAGAUUCAGCGCUCACCAACCACGGCUACCAACAGGCCACCCGCCUGGGUCUGCACUUCAAGUCUCUUGAUUUGACAUUCACCCACAUCUUCUCGUCGCACCUCCAGCGGGCUGUGAAAACGGCUGGAAGAAUCCGAGAUGCUCAGUUGGCGUCGGACAAUGACGACACUGCGAAAGCAGUUCCCGAUGUCAAGCAGCUACCGGUGCUGAUGGAGAAGGACUUCGGUUCGAUGGAAGGGAAGAAAUUCCACGAUCGACCGGAGAACAAGGAUACGACGAGCUUCGCGGAUGCCGAGUCGAAAGACAGCAUGGCGCGUCGAGCUGACUCAUUCCUUAAUGAGCAUCUCUUACCGCUCCUCGACGAAGCGUCGAAAGACGCCGACCUCGUGGUUGCGAUAGUCUCGCACGGGAUCUUCCUCUCUACCCUUUGGAAGCGCCUGCUGUUGCAUCUACCACACAAAAGCGUUGCGCUCUCUCCGGGGCUCCAAGCAACAGCGCGACCAUCGCUCGAGCAUCUGGGUGGCUGGUCCAACACUGGCUAUCUAGAGUUGCGCAUGACGAGGAUAGACCGUGGUAAUUCCAUUGUCACUGCGCAGGUACCUGCGGUACCUACGCUAGAACGUUGUUCAUCGCUCGUAGAGAUGCCAGUUACCAAUGAAGGUCUGAAUGAGACCGAGGCAUCAGAUCCCGCGACUGAACAUGGUUCUGCACGCCAGCAGGUUUCCCAAGUGCCUAUUCGGGCAGCUGUCGCAGCCUCGCCAGCCAUCAGACCGCGCAUUGCAAGAGGAUGGUCCUCUACCAUUCUCGCGAUCAAUGGUAAAGACCAUCUCCGCGGCAUUAAACGCACUCGCGGCGGUAUCGGAAGUUCUCGUCACGAUGCAUCGCAGAGCAGCAUCAAGAUCUUCUUCAAACGUUGCAAAACUGUUUAA